AUGAAUUUAGAACCUAUUCAAAUUGAGCUUGAGAACUUCUUUGACGUUAUUAUAGUCGGUGGUGGAACUUGUGGUUUAGCUGUUGCUGCUAGAUUAUGUGAAAAUUGUCCAGGCUCAAUAUUUACGGAAGAUGAACAUCAAAGGUUCCAUUGGUUGAAACAAAGAGGUCAUAAAGUGAAUCUACUAGAUAAACCUGGUUAUUCCAAUUGUGCAAGUUUUAAAAGUUCUGAUAUUUUAGUCCUUGAUUUGAUGGAUAAUAAGUUUUGCAGCCAAUGGGAGCAACAAUUUAAAUCCUGUCAAAUUCCAUAUUUGAGAUCUCCAAUGUUUUUCCAUUUAGAUCCAGUUACUAUUGAUGGAAUGUAUAAUUUUUCAUUCUUGAAUAAUAGGCAAAAUGAAUUAAUGGAGAUUACAAACGUAGUUGGUAAAGAAUUCUCAAAACAUCAACAAAAGAGGAUCAAACGAAAGAAACUGAAUAGAAUUGACGAUAAGACUCAUGAUGCAAACGGGAUAGUUGAUAUUAAUAUGAGAGAUUGGAGGGAUUAUUAUAGACCAUCAACCAAAUUGUUUCAUGAUUAUAAUGAAGAAAUAGUCACGAGGUACAAUUUACAAAAUUGUGUAAGACAAGACGAAGUAUCAUAUAUAGAAUAUAAAUUACUUCAAUCUGGGGAGAAUAUAGGUAAAGGCUUAGUUAUAACUACUAAAUCAGGUAAGCAAUAUGGUUGUAAAAUUGGUAUUGUUUCAACUGGACAUUUUGGUGAUAUAAAUUACCCCAUAAAACCCUUUAACAAUACUAAAAAUACAUGUCAUACAACACAUUUAUUUCAAAAUAAGGUUAAAUUUUUAGAUGAUCAUUAUUUCAAGAAUCGUAAGCUGAAGAAUAUAGUCAUUGUUGGUGGUGGAUUGACUUCAGCUCAAUUAGCUCAUGUUGCAUGUCAAGAUCCCACUGUUAAAUCAGUAACUUUAUUAUUCAGAUCACCGAUUAAAAUUAAACAUUUUGAUUUUCACUUAGAUUGGGUUACAAAGUAUAAAAAUGUCAAGAAAUCAGCAUUUUACAUCAAAGACACUGAUGAAGAAAGAUAUGAAAUGUUAAUAAAUGCAAGAGAAGGAGGAUCAAUAAAUCCCGAAUAUUAUAAAAAGCUAAACAAACAUGUAAAAUCAGGUAAAUUGAAAUGGUUAACAAGUACAAGUAUAGUUGAACAAGCUUUUGAUGAAACAUAUGAAUUGGCAUUGAAUAGUGGAGAUAAAUUAUCAAACGUUGAUUUUAUAUAUUUUGCAACUGGAAUUAGAGCAAAUGUUAAUUCAUUAAAAUUUUUGCAACCAAUAUUGAACGAGCAAAAGAUUGAUAUUGUAGAAGGUUAUCCAUGUUUAACUGAUAAUCUUCAAUGGAAUGAGGAAGUUCCUUUAUUCAUGACUGGUAAAAAUGCUUCAUUAAAAAUUGGUCCAACAUCUGCCAAUUUAGAUGGUGCAAGAACAGCAGCUGAACGAAUUGGAUGGUAUUUACAAGAUUUAAAACAACGAGGUGAAUUAAAUUGGAGUGGUGUGGAAACAAGUACAAAUAAUUCAUCUAUUUUUGAUACACAAUUAAAAUUAGCAAGUGGACAAUUAAAUUGGUUUACAUUAUUAGAUACAGCAUAA